AAAAACCACUGCUGUGCUGACCUAUAGUUCCAUUCUAAUGUCUGACAUGCUUACGCUGGACACGGAACCAAUUAGAGCACCUUAAAUAUAUACUUUUAUCGAACCUUGAAGCUUCUGAGUGUACAAGCUACACUUCAUUUCUGGAAAAUUUUUACUUUUAAAAGCUGUGACCUGAGUGUGAGAGCUGACAGUUGCCCUCGCCAUGGUGUUGCCACCCCCAGACAAACGCCACGUGUGCCUGACCACCAUUGUCAUCAUGACCAGCAUGGCCUUCAUGGACGCCUACCUGGUGGAGCAGAACCAGGGUCCCAGGAAGAUCGGUGUGUGUAUCAUCGUGCUGGUGGGGGAUGUAUGUUUCCUCAUAGUGCUCCGGUAUGUGGCAGUGUGGGUCGGCGCUGAAGUGCGCACUGCCCGACGGGGAUACGCUAUGAUCCUGUGGUUUCUCUACAUCUUUGUCCUGGAAAUCAAACUCUACUUUGUCUUCCAGAAUUGCAAAGCUGACAGGAAGAGUCUGGAGACAGUGGCACGGAAGGCUUUGACGUUGUUGCUAUCGGUGUGUGUGCCAGGUUUGUACUUGGUUCUCGUGGCUCUGGAUAGUAUGGAAUACGUGAGGACUUUCAGGAAGAAGGAGGACAUGCGCAGUCGUCUGUUCUGGGUGGCUCUCGACUUGUUGGACCUGCUGGAUAUCCAAGCCAACUUGUGGGAGCCCCAUUGGACAGGCCUGCCCAUCUGGGCCGAGGGCCUGAUGUUCUUCUACUGCUACAUCCUGUUGCUCAUUCUGCCCUGCGUGUCGCUCAGCGAAAUCAGCAUGCAAGGAGAGCACAUGUCGCCCCAGAAGAUGAUGCUGUACCCCGUCCUCAGCCUGGUCACCAUCAACGUGGUCACCAUCCUCAUCCGCGGGGUAAACAUGGUGUUGUUUCAGGAUAGCCGCGUUUCCACCAUCUUCGUAGGCAAGAAUGUGGUGGCCAUCGCGACCAAGGCGUCCACCUUCCUGGAAUACCGCAGACAGGUAAAAGAGUUCCCCCACCCGCAGAACGCCAUGGCGCUGGAGCUGCAGCAGAACUCGGUCAGCCACCCGCAGCCGCUGCCCAACGCCACCAGUUUGCCACACGAACCCUCACCGGCGCAGGACGUCAUCGACACAUGACCGUCCGUGCUGGACUUGAAAGUAUAGAAGCUGAAUGAAAGCUGCAGGAGUCGAGAAUACCUAACAGAGAAAUCAGCUGCAUGACAGGAUGAUUUUUUUGCUCUUGUCAAGCCAACGCGAACUGCUGUGAACCCAUAAAAAGAGAUUUUUAGCAUCACCUGCCUGUCAGAAUAUACUGUAAACCUACACUUGACUGAGUGCAGCGAGCAGACUUUCAGAGUCAAAACAAAGGUUUAUAUUGUGCUAUUGUGUUUUUAAUUGUUUCAACGGUUUUAAAAGUUCAAUCUUUAUUAGAGACAAUCUUGCCACUGCGCGGCCCAGUGACAUUAUGUUGCAUAAAAUGGACAGCUGUUUCCCCCUAAGUGAGUAUCUUGUAUUUUUUAAAGGUCACUUUUUUUUUUGACAGUGCAUCUGUGGCAUUUCCUUUGAAUUCCAGCUCCAAAGGACAUACCACUCAGCGUCGAGCACUGAUGGGAGAGGAGGAGCGGAAAGUGACAAAUGUCGGUCACGAGGGGGCUAUCUGUACCGUUGUUAGAGCAAGGUUUGCGUGGCUUCUGGAUCUGGUUCUGCUGAGAGAGGAGCUCUGGGGAGGCUGCUGCCGCCGCUGCUUCGGUCAGCGUCCAGCUUUACAACUAAAGGUCUGAUUAAAGCACCGGUGCACAGCACUACACCGUCCGCAGCAGGCAUCUCGGUGUGUGUUUCAUUGUGUGUCUGCGCACGCAAGAUGCACCUCGACAAAGUGUGCGUGCCUGAACGAGUACGUGCCUGCCUCAGGUGGUUUAUGUUAUUUUAAAUCAUUGCGGAGCAUAUACGAGAGGCUGAUGGAUUUUGUGAAUUGCGACAGAAGAUGUAGACGUGAGAAACAAGACAAGGUGACAAGGGAAAUAUGUUGUUUUUUUUCCAUUUCUGUACUGUACAUUCCUCUAAGACUAGCUCAAGCCUUGAAGUCAGAAAAUGCAGCGACCAGUCCCAAGAAAAAGCCUCAAUCAAGAAUGAACGAAACAAAAUAGAGACAAUAACAUAGAAAAUAAGAAAUUUCAGAUGUUAUUCAGUUUAAUAUUAUCAAUAUUAUUAUCAUUAUGUACAUUCUUUACAUGUUGGAGGUCUAUGAUGUUUUAAUAAAAGUAUAAA